AUGUGGAAAUUUUGGCUUGCAACACUAGUCGGCGUGGGCCAUGCCUCGCAAACCGUGCUCCGACCAGAGCCCGUGGCGUCAAACUUCACCACCUUCCGGAGUCCAAAUUCACCCCAUUCAAUACGCAUCCGACAACAAAAUGAGUCCAUCUGUGCAGCGGGCUCCGCUCAGUAUACCGGAUGGUUAGAUAUUGGUCCGAAUCACCUGUUCUUCUGGUACUUCGAAAGUCAGAAUGAUCCCGCUGCUGACCCACUAACGUUGUGGAUGAACGGUGGGCCCGGAGGCUCUAGUUUACUGGGCUUGUUCCAAGAAAAUGGGCCAUGUCUAAUAAACGAGCAUGGCAAUGGGACUAUUCAUAACCCAUGGGGCUGGUCUCGAAACUCCUCAUUACUUUUCGUUGACCAACCGGCCGAUGUGGGCUGGUCUUACAUUGACGAGGGCUACGACGUCGCCCGCGAUUCUCACGAGGCCGCAGUUGACAUGCGCCGUUUUCUCCAAAUCUUUGGCAAAUACAUCCCCUAUCUUGGGGCCGAGAUUGUGACCCACAACCAGCAAUAUCCCUCGGAGCCCCAGAUCAACCUGAAGUCAUGCCUGAUAGGUAAUGGCUUCAUGUCAUCCAAGGACAUCACAUUCGGAUACUGGGAGACGCUUUGCACAACCAAUCCCGGCGUUUCCACGCCCGUGUUCAAUGAGACCCGAUGCGAUAUUAUCGCUGCCAACAUGCCACGAUGCAUGGAACUCUAUGAUACUUGCGCCGGAAAUCCCGAUGUUGCAAUCUGCACGGCUGCAUAUGCCGUCUGCUACAAAGGAAUCGUCGGUUUGUAUGAGGAUGAGAGCAAGAAGGGAGGCCGUAACCGCUUCGACAUCACAGCCCCAUGUUAUAUUGAUGAGAUAUGCUACAAAGAAGCAGCUUAUAUCGAGCAGUACCUGAAUUCGCCGGUUGUUCGAGAAGCCCUCUCACCACCGGAAGGAGUCAAGGAGUACGGGUUUGAGUCCAGCGCCGUGGCUGAUGCCUUUGCAACAACGCCGGAGGCAAUGACGUCGUCAUCCGACCAUAUCAUUUUCCUGCUUUCUCAUGGAGUGGAUUUCCUGGCCUAUCAGGGAAACCUUGACCUAGCUUGCAACACGGCAGGAAACCUCCGGUGGGCUAACUCGCUUGCCUGGAAGGGACAGAGUGAGUUUACAUCCAAGCCGCUGCUCCCUUGGAACUCAAACGUCGCGGGACGUCUUGAAACGGUCGGCAACGCGAAAGAGGUGCGUGUGCAGUUGGACGGGCUGGCAGAGAAAUCACGGUUUGCAUUUGUGACGGUUGAUGGGGCAGGUCAUAUGGUUCCCCAGGAUCGCGGUGAUGUGGCAUUCGACAUUUUGACCCGAUGGAUUGCGGAAAGCAAACGAGCUCCUCGUGAGCCACCCUACGAGGCCGCAGCCAGCGGCGAUCUCGAAGCCGUCAAAACACUUCUCGACAAUGGAGCAGACAUCAACGCAGUAGACUCACCAGGCUCAUCGCGCCUUCACGCUGCGGCGAAGAAAGUCCAUUGA